UCACUUCUUUCUUUUCUUUUCUCUCAUAUUUUCUUUUUCCUUUCUCUUCUCCUCUUUCCUUCUCUCUUUUCUUUUUCUAUACCUCUCUAUCUCCCUAUACGGCAAGUUCUUAAAAGAAAAAAGGGAGACCGGCGGAGAUGUUAUAGUACGGCGGCGCGGAGACGACCAACAAGUAAUCAAGAUCUACGUUUUUGCGACAAGCAGCUUUGGUAACGAUGGUCUCUUCGUUUUUUUAUUCACUCUGGCCAUCAAGUUUAAGGACCUUGGCCCCGCAUUCAUGUCAGUUUGGAACCUAUUCAAACACGAACCAACAAUUUUGAGCUAAUACGUCAGCGAGAAUGAGUUAAUAAACCUCCUCAGUAUCCUUUGGGUAAGGUUGAUUUGAGGAGAUUUGAUCGAGAGAAAUUUUUAUACUUUGGAUUUCUAAUCAGGGGGCUAGUGUGAACAAGCAACAAGGAAAGGGCUAUAACAACCUUACUAGAAUGAGCAAUAUGAGAUGUCAACACUGUGCAGGCCCUCUUUCAAAGGAUAUGGAAACAAGUGCUUGGACAAUUCCUCCUCUUAUUAGGGAUAGCUUCUCUAUGAUUAGCUCUGCUGUUGGCGGUAUUGCUAGUGCUUUCUAUGGAUUUAACAAUGUGAUGCCUGUUGUCCAGAGAUCAGUGAAAGGGCCAAUGUGGUUGCAUUUUCUUAUUGGUGCUCCUCCUGUGAUUGUAUUUUCUUCGGCUUGUGCAGGAAUGACAGGUGGUGCGGUUCCAGCUUUGGCCCAACUUGUUUCUUCAUCUUAUCAUUCAUUAACAUCGUCUUCAGAGGAUGAUAAGGCUCAGGAUUCAAGAUCUUCUUCUUCCUUGUAGUGGUAAUGUAUAUAGUGGGGAUUCUUAUAGUAUAGGUUUAUACAUACAUAUCUUAUAUUCCGCUUGAGGAUAAGACAAAAGUUUUUAUUUAUUUAUUUAUGUGUGCUACAUUCAUUUUUGUUCUGAGCUACACGAUCUCGAGCUGUGAGUUUUUUUCUUUCAAUUUUGAUAAUGUCUCUCUUUA